CGCCCCCCGUCGCCCCGUCUCCCCGCCCCCACAUACGCGACAUGUCCCCAGCCUCCCCGGCCGUGCCGCGCCUCGUCGCCUUGGCUAUUUUCAACUCUUCCAAUAUCCCCCUCUUCUAUGCGGCCUUUCCCCAAGGGGGUGCGCGUGUCGGAUCUCCAGCCCCGGCUGCCGGACAGAUUCUCCUCGGUGACUCGGAGGUUUCUCUCGAGUACCAGUACAUCUUCCACGCCUGCCUAGAUAGCAUCCUCGAGCGCGCCAUGAUCUCGGACAGGCCUUUCCUCGGUCUGCUGGCUUCCUUUCCGUCCGGGAAAUCGCUUCUGUCGGUCUCCGACUUCGGUGGCUCCGGCGCGCCGCCGGCACCGGAGAGCCCGAGCGUCGGCCUUCCCGCCGAGAUCCACGCAUAUGGCUUCCUCUCGGCCACCCGGACGCAAGUGGUGGCUCUGGUCCAGGCACCGGCCUCCUCGAGCCUGGGGGCCAGCUCCAUCGGUGGUGCCUUCCGCCUGCGCGCCAGCACCAAUACCCCGUCGGGAACGGUCCCAGGCGCGCCCGGGGCUCCCGGCUCCGGCAAUGUCGCCGCCCCUCCGGCUGCCACGGCGGCCAUCCAGCUGGACGAUGAAUCCAUGGCGCGCAUCAUGGCCGGUGUCUACUCGGCCUUCAUCGCCGUGGCCAACACCCACAUCCCCAAUGACCUGACCGGCUAUCUGCAGUCCUUGUCGCAGGGCCAGAUGCAUGCCUUUGACGAUCAGCCGCCCGGAUCGCUGGAGGGAAACCAGAAGUUUGUGGCCCACGUCCGCCGCGUGGUGCAGCCCUUCAUCAUUACCUGACAGGGCCGCCGGCGUCUGUGCUCAACCCCGCACACAAGCGCCCGCCCGCCCGCCCGCCCGCC